GCCGCGGCCGAGCGCUCCUCGGCGUGCUGCUCGGCCUACAGGUCCUCAGCGAGGUCCUCGACUACUCCCUCGGGUUCAUCUUCGGAGCUAACGCGCCGCGACUGCGGGUGGAGAACGGCCACCUGUACAUCGAGGGCCCGCGUAACAUCACCAUCUCUGCGCUGCAGAGCCUCAACAUCCAGGGACAGGACAUCGGCGCCGUGGUCAGAUCGCUGCGGACGAUCGGCCCGAUGCUGGAGACGUUCCGCGAGUCGGGUUUCCGGAGCCGCGUCACAGACGUGCAAGUCCCGCAGCUCGUCCAGCAGAUCGGCGACCUGGGCCACAAGGUCCAGCGGCUGGAGAAGGCCAUGGAGAACACGACGUCCGCGCGGCCUGACGCUGGAGUCCUCACCACGAUCAGCCGCAGGUUGAGGACGGCGGAGCGCAAGGUGCGCGCCAUUGAGCGGCUGCUGAACACCAACGAGUGCGCGAGCAACCCGUGCCUGCACGGCGGCUCGUGCGAGGACGCGUACAACGCGUUCGUGUGCCGCUGCCCGGCGGGCUGGGAGGGCGCGCUGUGCGAGGCGGACGUGGACGAGUGCGCGCGCCUGUCCGGCACGGGUCUGGGCUGCCAGGCGGGCUCCACCUGCCUCAACACGGCGGGCUCCUACCGCUGCCUGUGCCCGGCGGGCCGCUUCGGCCUGCACUGCGCGGACCAGGAGGCGUCGUGCGCGGCGGGGGCCGACCUCUGCGGCGGCCACGGCCUCUGCAUCCCGGCGUCCGCGGCGGCGGGCGGCUACACCUGCCACUGCGACCCGGGCUGGCGGCUCGACCCGGCGACGCGCGCCUGCACCCAGGACGUGGACGAGUGCGCCGAGGCCAGGCCGCCCUGCUCGCACGACCCGGCCGUGCCGUGCCUCAACACGCCCGGCUCGUUCCGCUGCGGCUCGUGCCCGCCCGGCUACCUGGGCAACGGCUACUACUGCGCCGACGUGGACGAGUGCGCCACCAACAACGGCGGCUGCGCGGCCGGCGUCCAGUGCAUCAACACGCGCGGCUCGAGCGCGUGCGGCGCCUGCCCGCCGGGCUUCCAGGGCGACGGCAGGACCUGCAGCUACCAGGGCGUGUGCCAGGUCGACAACGGCGGCUGCCACCCGCAGGCCCUGUGCAUCAACCUGGCCGGUUCCGGGAUGGCGGUGACGUGCCAGUGCAAGCCGGGCUGGUCCGGGCCCGGGGUGGGGCCCAAGGGCUGCGCGCCGCUCAGCGCGUACCCGGACCCCGCCGGCACGCCCACGGGGCCGUGCGCCUCCGGCCCGUGCCAGCACGGCGGCUCGUGCACCAACUCGGCGGGCUCGUACACGUGCACCUGCGCGCCGGGCUUCCUCGGCCGGGACUGCGAGGUGCGCGCGCCCUGCUCCACCAGCCCGUGCCUCAACGGCGCCACGUGCCGCCCGUCCGGCCCCGACUCCUCGGCGUACACGUGCGACUGCCCGGACGGCUUCACCGGCACCAACUGCGAGAGCAGGCAGGAGGCCUGCGGCGGCUUCCUGCGGAGCCAGGAGGGCACGCUGCGCUUCCCGCACUCCAACAGCACCGGCGAGUACCCGCACGGCGUCAACUGCGGCUGGGUCAUCGUCACCAACUCCACCCUCGUGCUCAACGUCACCUUCAAGUACUUCGACGUCGAGUUGAGCGCGCACUGCAGCUACGACUGGCUACAGAUCCACGACGGGCCCACGUCGGGUGCCCACCAGGUGGGCCGCUUCUGUGGCAACCAGCUGCCCAAGAAGGGCAACAUCGUGUCGACGUCGCACACCCUGUACCUGUGGUUCCGCUCCGAUCUCAACAUCGGCAGCAGGGGCUUCGAGCUACACUGGACGUCCAUUGCCCCAGUGUGCGGCGGCGAGAUACAGUUCACGUCCCACGCCUCCGUGAGCUCGCCGGGGUCGCCGGGCAUGUACCCACCCAACAGAGACUGCGUGUGGCACCUCCGCGUGCCCGAGAGCCAGAGGAUCCAGCUGCACUUCUUCUCCAUGCAGAUCGAGUCGCACCCGAACUGCAGCUUCGACUACCUGGAGGUUGGUGUGGGGCGCUUAGCAACUCUAACGUUCACCAACUUGUGUGUUUUUUCAUGUGUUUUUUUCCCUGAUUUUUCCACUUUUCCUCGAAUUUUCCCCCCUUUUUUUCGAUUUUUUUUUGAUGUGUACACUGAGUACCUCUCGGUGUUUGGCGCUGCGGGGUUGAGCGUCCGCGCCUUGACGCCUUCAUGUGUCGUCUGCUCGGCUGCGCAGGUCCUGGACGGCUACGACUCGGAGCAGGUGCUGGCGCGCUACUGCAACUCCACCAGCCACCCGGCGCCGCUCACCUCCUCGAGCCACGAGCUGACGCUCCACUUCCACUCGGACGCCUUCCGGCAGGACGCCGGCUUCCAGAUCGCGGCGGCGGCCAUCGAGGGCACCCCCGGCUGCGGCGGCGUCUUCACGGACCCCGAGGGCACGCUGACGCCCCCGAUGGACGGGGCGAGCUACCGCGACAACAUGAACUGCGGCUGGAAGAUACAGGUGCCGAAAAACGAGCGCCUCGUCAUCGACUUCCCCGGCGAGUUUGCGCUCGAGGCGUCGACGGAGUGCGUGUUCGACAGGCUCGAGGUAGGCUACGCUGUGGUGCUAGUCCAGGUUGGCUGCUGGAACUCAGAGUUCUCAAACGGGUGGGUCCCUCUACCCGCACGCCAGGCGUGCGAGAGAGCGCGCACUACGAGCCGAGCCGGAAUCAAAGAUUUCGGGGAUCGUGUGUACACAUCAAAAGGGAGUUAUUGCCCCUUCGCCACUUACUCACGUGGCCUUGCGCAGGUGUACGACGGCCCGAGCAGCGCCGCGCCCCUCCUGGGCAAGUACUGCGGCAACGACCGGCCGCCGCCGCUCUCCACCACGUCCAACACGGCCUACGUCGUCUUCGUCUCCGACCCGUCCUUCGCGCGCAGCGGCUUCACGCUGCACUACGAAGUUUUCUGCGGAGGCGUCUUCACCGAGGCGCAGGGGGUCAUCACCUCGCCCUACUUCCCCGGCUCGUACCCGGCCGACCGGCGGUGCACGUACGAGAUCCGGCUGCCGCCCAGGACGGCCGUCUCACUGCAGUUCCUAGACUUCGACGUGGAGCACAACAGCGCGCGCGGGGAUUGCUACUACGACUACGUCGCGGUGCGCGAUGGUGACAACCGGAACUCCACCCUCCUCGGCACGUUCUGCGGCGAGAAGCCGGACCUGCCGGACCGGCCGCUGGUGUCCACCCACAACUACAUGUUCAUCGAGUUCAAGACGGACAGCUCGCUGAACCACGGCGGCUUCCGCGCCAACUACUCCGCCAUCGACCUGGAGUGCGGCGGCAUCCUGAAGGAGCGGCACGGCCUCAUCGAGUCCCCGAGGGGGGCCGACGGCAACCACGGCAGCAACACCAAGUGCUCGUGGCUGCUGGUCGCGCCGCCCGGCUUCGUCGUCCAGCUCACCUUUGUCACGCUGGUCAUGGAGAAGAGCACCGCCUGCAACGUGGACUACGUGGCGGUGUACGACAACAGCACCACUCCCGGCACGGGCGGGCUCCUGGGCAAGUUCUGCGGCAGGACCGUGCCGCCCGUGCUGACCUCCACGGACACCGUCAUGAGCGUGGUGUUCAAGACGGACGCGACUAUCAACAUGGAGGGCUUCACGGCCACCUACACCUUCCUGGACACCAGCAGAGGUGAGCCCUCCCCGUGCGCGGGCCGUCUGCGGACCGCAGCGUGCAACGCCAACCUCACGGGCCGCCGCGGCGUGGUGGAGAGCCCCAACUGGCCCGACGCGCCGCCGCGCCGCGCCAACUGCACGUGGGAGGUGACGGUCCCUGUGGGCAACAGGAUCAACAUCACCUUCUCGCACAUGUCGCUGUCGCUGCCGCUGUUCCCGCGCCGCGGCCGCUGGCACCGCCCCGGCCACGGCCCCGGCGGCCAGUCCCAGUGGUCCCCGGGCCGCGGCUGGACGUGGCAGCCGCGACCCGGGGCGUCCAGCAGCCAGCUGUCCCAGAUGGCGCAGUCCGCCCUCCAGACCCUGCGGCAGAUGGAGGAGGAAGAGAACAGCUCGUGCGAGCACAUAUACGUCAAGAUCCAGGACAGCGAAGAGCGUGAAGGCAGCGACGAGCUACACCCGAGCGCCGGGCCGCCGCUGGGCCACUUCUGCGGCACCAAGCUGCCGCCCGUGGUGACCUCCAAGAGCCACAAGGUGUUCGUCACCUUCAGCUCGCCCUUCAUGGCCUCGGCCGGCUCGGGCUUCCGGUUCGAGUGGGCGGCCGAGGGCUGCGGCGGCGACCUGCGCCGGCCCGAGGGCGCCUUCACCUCGCCCAACUACCCGCAGGCCUACCCCGUCAACCAGGUUUGCGAGUGGACCAUCACGGCGGACUGGGCGUCCAGCGUGGAGCUCACCAUCUGGGACUUCAACCUGGAGCACGUCCAGGAGUGCAGCUUCGACUUCCUCGCCGUGUACGGCGGCCCGGACGACUCUUCGCCGGAGCUCGUCAAGAUGUGCCACACCGAGACGAAGCCCACGGUCCUCACCUCGUCCGGCCGGCAGAUGUUCGUGCGCUUCCACAGCGAUUUCUCAUACUCCGGCCGGGGUUUCAACGCGAGCUACAAGCUCGUGGGCAGCCGUGACGUGCUUCGUGUCACAGAGUGCGGGGGGCAGCUGAGCGGGCCGAACGGCGUCAUCCGCUCCCCGAACGACACCCUCCUGGCGAGGCUGCCCGGCCGCGAGCCGUCCUGCGAGUGGGUGGUCACCGCGCGCCGCGGCCGCACGCUCGCCGUCACCGUCACGUCCCUCGGCAUACCGCCCGAGGCCGGCGACGGGCGCGCCCCUGGCACCUGCGGCAACUCUUACCUGCUGCUGAAGAACGGCGAGAAAGCGGACUCCCCGCUGCUCGGCGCCGGCAAAUACUGCGGCAACGACCCGCCCGCCAGCGUGCCCGAGACCUCGGGCAACAAGCUGUACGUCAAGUUCCGCCGCCACACCGCCAGCGCGAGCUUUGUCCUCCGCUACGAGGAGAAGAGCAACGACUGCAGCCGGGAGGUGCGGCUGGGCGAGGGCGACGCGCGGGCCAUCAGCUCGCCCAACUACCCGUCCAUCCCCGAGCCGCACGUCGAGUGCGUGUGGGUGGUGGUGGCGCCACCGGGCCGGCGUGUCAGGCUGGACUUCACGGGCCGCUUCGACCUCACCAACUCGCCGCAGUGCCGGGACAGCGCGGUGGAGCUGCGCGACGGCGCGACGGACGUGGCGCCCGUCAUCGACACCUUCUGCCGGUCCGCGCCGGGCACGCAGGAGUCCACCGGCAACGUCCUCCGCGUCCGGUACUUCAACGACGAGGACGUGCCCGCCAACGGCUUCAACGCCUCCGUCUCCGUCGCCACCUGCGGGGGGACCAUCCGCGGCUCCGAGGGCAGCAUCGCGUCCCCGGGGUACCCGGACAGCUACCUGCCGCAGACGCGCUGCGAGUGGCGCCUGGAGGUGCGGCCGACGGCCACCAUGACCCUGCAGUUCCUCGACAUGAGCAUGCCCGGGCUGAUGGGACGCCGCUGCCCCGACCAGGUCACCGUCAUCAGCAAGGCCAACCCCAACAACCCCAACGAGACGGACGUGGUGCUGGCCGACAAGCUGUGCGGCGGGAGGAUCCCUAACAACGUGACGAGCCUGAGCAACGAGGUGCAGAUCGUCUACCAGACCGCCAGCAAUCCGGGUUUCAGUCCGGCGGGCGGGUACCGCGGCUUCGCCCUGCGCUUCACCGCCAACAAGGAGAGCUGCGGCGGCGUCCUGGAGACGCCGUCCGGGACCAUCCGCAGCCCGGGGUACCCGCGCCACGUGCCGCGCGUGCGCUGCGAGUGGACCAUCAAGGCGCCGCCCGGGCGCCGCGUCUCCAUCACCUUCGCCGACGUGGACCUCUCCAACGCCGUGCACCCGCGCUACAACACGCAGCGGGUCUGGCUCUACCACGGCCUGGCGGACACCGUCCCCAUGGAGGCCGUCAACUACACCCUGCCCGCCGGCAGCAAGUUCGAGUCCACGUCCAACACGCUGGGCAUCGUGCUGUACUCGAACGUCGCCACCGCCAACCGGGGAUUCCGCAUCGACUACGACACGACCAAGGACCAAGUGUGCGGCGGCCCGCUGCCCGAGGUGAUGGUGGCGCCGCUGGGGCCGCCCGGGGGCAACCUCACCUCGUACCUGUGCAGGUGGGACCUGGGCGCGCCGCGCCCGCUGACGACGCCGCCCAACGACGUGUCGGUCAACGCGACCCUGGCGGUGCGGGUCCGGCGGCUCGACGUGGCCAGCAAACAGCAGCAGUGCUUCAAGUACUCGACCAGGAUCGUGCUGCGUCGGGACGGAGAGAAAAAUACACUCGCAGUCCUGUGCUCUCGAGUCCAGGAGCCCGUCACCAUCCUCAGCCCGUACACCAAGAACGUUCUGGAGGUGAACAAGCCGUGGUACCUGACCUCGGGGAUGGACUUCUCCAUCGAGUACAGCUGGUCCGAGUGCGGCGGCGUCCUCAGCAGCCCCAGCGAGCUGACCAGCCCCGGCUUCCACUCGGGCGGCUACCCGAACGCCACGCACUGCGCCUGGAAGGUCACCUUCGAGGAGGGCGAGCAGCCCGUCGUGACCUUCGAGACCCUGGACCUGGCGCAGGGCUCGUGCGAGGACUACGUGACGGUGCACAACGGCGACUCGGCCAAGUCCCCCAAGCUGUUCGGGCCCGCGUGCACCAAGCCGGCGCACCCGCUGCACGCCGGCGGCCGCCACCUGUGGAUCGAGUUCCACACGGGGACGCCGACGGUGCCCAGGGGCCGCGGCUUCAGGAUGACGUUCUCCACGACCUCCAGGGCGUGCGGCGGCACCUUCCACACCGCCGAGGGCACGCUGUCCUCCCCGGGCUUCCCGCAGGCCUACCCCGCCAACAUCGAGUGCGUCUGGGUGGUGGAGCUGCAGCCCGGCUACCGCGUGUCAGUCACGUUCGAGGGUCGCUUCAACAUCCAGAGCGGCCCCGACCUCAGCCACGACUACCUGCAGGUCACGGACUACGACGAGGCGCGCGGGGAGUGGUCGCCGACGUCCAGGAUGUUCCACGGGCGCACGGCGCUGGACGUCGGCGAGGUGCUCGAGUCGUCCGGGUCCCGCCUGCGAUUCGUGUUCCACUCGGACGGCGGCGGCUCCGCGGAGGGCUUCAAGGCGCGCUGGAAGGCCAAGUGUGGCUACACCAGGACGCUGGUCGGACGCGAGGCGAGGGGCGAGGUGGUGUCCCCCGGGUUCCCUGUCGCCUACGCGCCCGAGCUCAACUGCAGCUACGAGCUCAGGGCCCCGGGCCAGGUCAUCCUGGCCAAGUUCACCAACUUCAGCGUGGAGGCCGGCCGGGCCUCUGAUCCGUGCAAGUUCGACAACGUGACCAUCUUGAAAUCGGAGGGCGAGUUCCUGGACGUCGGCUCGCUGAUGUCAGGGCGGCGGAACGUCUUCUGCGACCUUCGACCGCCGCCCGGGCAGAUCCGCGUCAAGGACAAGCUGGCCUUCACGUUCCAGACGGACCGCUGGGUGAACUUGCCGGGAUUCAGGAUGGUCUACCAGCUGGACACCUGCGACCAGAACAUCACGGAGCCCACCAUCAUCAAGUCUCACGGCGAGGGCGAGGAGUACGCCCCCAUGGCCAACUGCACGUGGAACAUCACGGCCCCGGACCAGCACACGGUGCGGCUGAGGUUCAAGCUGCUCGAGGUGGAGAUGUCGUACGAGUGCUUCUCGGACGCCGUGUCGGUGUUCGACGGCCCGCUGGAGAACGAGACGCUGCUGCUGGGCCGCUUCUGCGGCAACCUGACGCACGACCUGCCCAGCCUGCGCAGCACGGGCCGCAGCCUGCUGGCGCGCUGGCGCAGCGACACCAGCGUCGCCGCCCGGGGCUUCGUCGCCGAGGUGUCGUUCGCCACCGGCGCGUGCGGGCUGCUCUCCAGGGGCACGGCGCCGGGCUCCACGCCGCUGCGGCCGGGCCAGGCGCUGCAGGUGUCUCCGGGCGAGCCGCUCACGCUGAGGCUCAGCCCCCGCGCGCGCUUCGACUGCGACCUGAGCCUCACGGCGCCCACCGGCCACUUCGUCUCCGCGGUGCUGGACACCCGCUCCCUGGCCGUCCUGCAGCCCUGUCCCAACUACACCCGCCAUCACGAGGCCUGCGAUUGCAACUUCUUGGAGGCGCGCAACGGUCUGAGCGCGUUCGCCGAGUCCAUGGGGAGGUUCUGCCGGUCGAGGAACACCACCACACUGACCUCCUCGGACAGGCAUAUGUGGUUGAGGCUGAACGCGGACCUGCCGCCGGGCAGCAGGAGCGAGCUGCGCCUGGUGGCGACGGCGCGCCCCGGCCUGUGCACCACCGGCGCCCUCAAGGGCUUCGACCUCGGCUCCAACGUCACCCAUCUCGAGUUCGUCUCGCCGGGCUACCCGCACCCGCCCGCCUUCGUCCGCUGCCAGUACGACAUCAACCCGGGCAUGUACGCCGUGGUGGUGAACGUCACGGACCUGGACCUGGGCGGCCCCGCCAACUGCCUGGGCAAGGACUCGCCGGCCACCCACGUGGACACGGGCCGCCUGGACAUCACGCGGGUCACUGCGGGCGGCUGGUCCUCGAAGGACAAGGUGGUCGUGGGCAACCAGCUCAACGCCAUGAUG